AUGGGACCAUCCCUGCUUCAGGCUACUCUGACCCUGAAUGAACGACGGGACCUGGGAGUUUCAUCCUCAGGCAUGAAAGGGCGUGAGGCAGAGCGACAGAAGGGAGAGCCUACUGUCCUCUCACAGGAUUGGGGCAACGAAAAGUUGCAGAAAGCCCAAAGACAGAUAGAUGACAAUGCAUACGACUUGGAAGCUUGGAGCUUGUUGAUAAGAGAAGCACAAACCAAAUGGAUCGGUGAAAUGAGGCCUCUCUUUGAAAAGUUGGUGGGCACAUUUCCAAGUGCGGGCAGAUACUGGAAAAUUUACAUUGAACAGGAGAAGUAA